AUCUUGCCGUACUCAGUCGUGACACAUAAUUUUUCAAAGUUGCGAUGGCAACAGACUGAGGAUUCAAGGAACCCGACAACGCUUUCGCGCAGUUGUUGCGCGUAGUCUACUCAACCAAACUCACCUCAAUCUCUAAAGGUUUUGAGGACGGUUGUUUGUGGGGUUGUUGGGGGUGACAUUUUAAAAGGGUGUGAGAAACAGGGGAGAGAUGAGUGACAAUUUGAUGGAUAAAGUCAGCGCCUUGGGGGAGCGCCUGAAAAUUGGUGGGUCUGAGGUGGGUCGAAGGAUGAGCGAAGGCAUGAGUUCUGUGAGCUUCAAGAUGAGGGAAUUUUUUCAGGGUCCAAGCGAGACUGAUAAGCUUGUUGAGGAUGCCACCUCUGAGGCCCUUGAUGAGCCCGAUUGGGCUAUGAAUCUUGAGCUUUGCGAUUCGAUCAAUCAUGAGCAGGUCAACAGUGUGGAAUUGAUUCGUUCAAUCAAGAGACGGAUCGCAAUUAAAAGUCCUAAGGUUCAGUACCUGGCAUUGGUUUUGCUUGAAACAUGCGUUAAAAAUUGUGAGAGGGCCUUCUCAGAAGUGGCAGCGGAGAGAGUCCUUGAUGAGAUGGUCAGGCUGAUUGAUGAUCCUCAGACUGUUGUGAAUAACCGGAACAAGGCCCUAACACUCAUUGAGGCAUGGGGAGAGUCAACCAGUGAGCUUCGUUAUUUGCCGGUAUAUGAAGAGACGUACAAGAGUUUGAAGUCAAGAGGUAUUCGAUUCCCAGGUCGUGAUGAUGAGAGUUUGGCCCCUAUUUUUACUCCUCCUCGUUCAGUAACUGCUUCAGAAGUUCAUGUCGAUCAUCCAGUACAUGUUCAGCAUGAUAUUCCUAGGCAGAGUUUUACACCUGAGCAAACAAAGGAGGUUUUCAAUGUUGCAAGAAAUAGCAUUGAACUUCUUUCUACUGUUUUGUCUUCAUCACCUCAACAGGAUGUUCUACAGGAUGAUUUGACAGCAACUCUUGUACAACAGUGUCGUCAGUCUCAAUAUAUCGUACAGAGAAUUGUGGAGACUGCUGGAGAUGACGAGGCACUUCUUUUUGAGGCCUUGAAUGUUAAUGAUGACAUCCAGAAGGUUCUCACCAAGUAUGAAGAGUUGAAUAAGCCUGCUGCUGCUGCUCCUCCUCUUAGGCAGGAACCUGCUAUGAUACCGGUCGCCAUUGAGCCAGACGAGUCACCUCUUAAUACUCAAGAAGAUGCAUUGGUUAGAAAACCAGCUAGCUCGAAAGUUGGUCAUGGAGGCAACAAUGAUGAUAUGAUGGAUGAUCUUGAUGAGAUGAUAUUUGGCAAGAAGGGUGGGGAUGCAUCAUCAAAUGGAGGGCAAGAUCCAAAGAAGCAGCAGUCAUCAAAAGAUGAUGAUCUCAUUUCAUUCUAAUCUGCCCUGACUAUAAACCCUAAUUAUAGUAUACAUUUAACUUUCAUUUCAUGGCUGGCUGCAAAUUAUGUUUCUGUGUUGGUUGUGAAUCUCCAUCAGAUUGCUUGUUCCUUUAUUUUUUGCGCAUGUGUGCGUGCAAUUUAUGAUUUUAUUUCAGUAUAUAAGUUCUAGACAAGGUAUAGAUGGGAGACCAAUUUUAGUGAGUUGUUCUUCAUAUGUUUGCUUUAUGAUCUGUUUGACUGCUACUUUGAUGGCUAAAUUUCUCAUUCAUGGUGCUUUUAUUAA